AUGUCACUUCUGCUCACCGUCACCGCCACGUGUUCCGCGCUGCUGGCCGCCAGAGGAGUGAGCAUCCCCACGACCCAAUCGCUGCUCAACUACGUGCUGCUUGCUGCUGUGUAUGGCGCCGUGCUGCUACACCGCAAGGCACCCCUCACUGUGCCGUGGCGUGUGCUCCUGCUCGCGUCUUUCCUCGACGUCGAAGGGAAUUACUUUGUUGUCCUCGCCUUCCGUUUCACCUCAUUGACGCGAGUCACUCUUCUGGACUGCUGGGCCAUCCCAGCCGCUAUGCUGCUAGCAGCGCUCUGCCUCUCCACGCGCUACCACGCCUCCCAUGUUAUCGGCGCGCUGCUCUGCACGGCGGGCCUCGCCAUGCUGCUGCUGUCUGACGCCGGCCCAUCCAAGCACGGAGGCAGCAGCACUGCCAUUGGCAGCAGCAGCAGCAACUCGACUUUGGGGAAUGUGCUUGUGCUUCUCGGUGCCACUCUGUAUGCUGCUUCCAAUGUGACUGUGGAGUAUCUUGCGCAUCGAGUCGAGACAACAGAGCUGCUGGCGUUCAUUGGUUGCGCGGGAUCCCUCAUUAGCUUCACACAGCUACUUCUCCUGGAGGGAGCAGACCUGCACUCCCUGCACUUUGAUGCCCACACUGUCCUCCCCAUGGUGCUCUUCUCGAUCGCCCUCUUCGCCUUCUACUCCCUCACUCCCCUCAUGCUCCGUCUGGGCGGCGCCGCUCUCUUCAACCUCUCCCUCCUCACAUCAGACCUCUGGGCGGCGGGAGUGGCGGCUCUUGUCUUUAACCAGCCUAAGAGAGCGUUCAACUGUCUCGGUUCCUUCUUCCAUCGUGCAAGCACCCCGAGAGUGGCCGCAUGGGCCACUUUCAAUCGGCGCGCAGUGUUCCACGCCCUCAUCUCCUCGUUCCAUCUGUCCGCAGGCACCCUGGGAGUGACGGCGCAGCCCUCGCUCCGGUGGCGCAAGGCGCUCAACGUGUCGACCGUGUUUAACGCCGCCAAGUUCGGAGCGGGCACGCAGAGCACUCGCAGCGGCUUCAUCGGCCUGCCUUACAGUAUGCUCCGCACCCCUCCCGCCCCUCUCGCCCCUUUCGCCCCUGCCACCCCUCCCGCCCCUCUCACCCCUGUCGCCCCUGCCACCCCUGUCGCCCCUGCCACCCCUGCCGACCUUGUCGCUCCCGUCGUCGCUAUCGCAUGCUUGGUGUACGCGAAGCUCACAGGCAAGGCCGUUCCGGGCUCCAAGGGGGACAAGGGAGCACAUGGAUGGCUCGAUAUCAACAUCUACAAGUGA